GUUAAAUUUCAUUCAACUUAUAUUAUUACUAUUAGUGAUCAAGUUAAAUUUCAUUCAACUUAUAUUAUUACUAUUAGUGAUCAAGUUAAAUUUCAUUCAACUUAUAUUAUUACUAUUAGUGAUCAAGUUAAAUUUCAUUCAACUUAUAUUAUUAUUAUUAGUGAUCAAGUUAAAUUUCAUUCAACUUAUAUUAUUACUAUUGGUGAUCAAGUUAAAUUUCAUUCAACUUAUAUUAUUAUUAUUAGUGAUCAAGUUAAAUUUCAUUCAACUUACAUUAUUAUUAUUAGUGAUCAAGUUAAAUUUCAUUCAACUUAUAUUAUUAUUAUUAGUGAUCAAGUUAAAUUUCAUUAA